UAAGAGAGAGAGAGAGAGAGAGAGCAUUGGUGCCGCAGCGGGACCGACUGUCACACGGACCGUCAGCGGGGUUGUUACCGGAGAGAGCAGCCGCUAAUUGCCGUGUAUCGAUAGCCACACCGGGAGAGGACCACAGAGAAGCAACAACGAAGACGAAGAAGAAGAGCAGAAGAGAAGAAGAAGAAGAAGAAGAAGAAGAAAAAACAGGGGGAAUCAUUAUAUUUGCUGCUGUCGCCUGCGUGUCAUCACCUAGACCGGACAGGAUCUAUCACCAUCAGCACUCCUCUUCAUCAUCACCACCCUCACCCUCUAGACCUGUCCUCCUCUCCCUCCUCUCCCUCAUGAACAUGCCGGGCUGGCGGAGGAACCUCACUUUCUGUCUGCAGCGGAUGCACGAGGAAGAUGACGGACCAUAUGGAAAAACUAAGGAUAUCUCUGGACCAGAACAGACCAUGGCCUCGAGAAGACACAGUAUACCAGAAGCUCUGCGGGGGGUGACCAUGGUGGAGCUGGUGAAGAAAGAAGGCAGCACACUGGGCCUCACCAUCUCAGGAGGAACCGACAAGGAUGGGAAACCGCGGGUAUCAAACCUACGGCCUGGAGGACUGGCGGCCAGGAGUGACCAGCUAAAUGUCGGUGACUACAUCAAGUCAGUAAACGGCAUCAACCUGACCAAACUGCGGCAUGAGGAGAUCAUCAGCUUACUGAAGAACGUAGGAGAGAGAGUUCUGCUGGAGGUGGAGUAUGAACUGCCCCCUACAGCACCAGACAGCACCUCAGGGGUUAUAUCAAAGACAAUCGACAUCUGUUUGCACAAAGAGGGGAACAGCUUUGGUUUCGUCAUGAGAGGCGGUAUCCACGAGGACUGGCACAAGUCCCGCCCCCUAGUGGUCACCUACGUCAGACCGGGAGGUCCUGCAGACAGAGAGGGGACACUGCGUCCCGGGGACCGUCUCCUCAGUGUGGACGGCGUGCCGUUGCACAACACCAACCACAGCGACGCGCUCAGUGUGUUGGCUCAGUGUGGCCAGGAAGCCCUGUUCCAGAUAGAGUAUGACGUCACUAUCAUGGACACCGUAACAAACGCCUCCGGCCCGCUUUUAGUGGAAAUUGUCAAGGCACCCGGAGCAACGCUGGGUAUCACGCUGACGUCGGCCAAUCAUCGAAAUAAGCAGGUCAUUGUCAUCGACCGGGUUAAACCUGGCAGCGUGGUGGACAGAUGUGGAGCAUUGCAUGCUGGGGAUCACCUGCUGUCCAUAGAUGGGACAUCGACAGAACACUGUACAGUCCUGGAGGCAACACAGCUAUUAGCGAGCACAACAGAGCUGGUGAAAUUAGAAAUACUCCCCUCCCAUCAAACAAGGCUAACUGGGAAACAGCACGACACAGUGAAGGUUCAGAAGUCGGACCACCCCCAUUCCUGGGACCCCUGUGUGAACUACUGUCACCCUUCAAACUCCACCCUCUGCAACACAAGCGCCACCCUCAACAAGUCGUGGACCGCCUCGAAUAACAACACCAUCAACCUCGACUACUGCAAGUCUCUGGUAUCUGCCAGUUUCUCUCCCGGCUCUACCACUACAUCUGGGCCCAGUAGCCAGAGCUCCAGCACCCUGCCCAGGCCUACAAUUCCCAUGAGCCCACGUAACUCGCUGCUCAAACGACGGCAGAGAAAGAAAGAGCACAAAAGCUCCUUGUCCCUGGCGUCCAGUUCGGUGGGUCCAGGUGGUCAAGUGGUCCAUGUAGAGACCAGUGAGGUCGUCCUAACAGGCGACCCACUCAACGGCUUCGGUGUCCAGCUGCAGGGAGGCAUAUUCGCCACCGAAACGUUGUCCGCACCCCCACUUAUCCGAUUCAUAGAGCCCGACAGCUCUGCAGAGAGGUGUGGCCUGCUGCAGGUUGGAGACCGCCUCCUGUCAAUCAAUGGAAUCCCCACAGAAGACGGAACACUAGAGGAGGCCAAUCAGCUUCUCCGAGACGCGGCGCUAACCAAUAAGGUCACAUUGGAGAUAGAAUUUGAUGUAGCAGAGUCAGUGGUGCCUAGCAGUGGUACGUUCCACGUCAAACUGCCGAAGAAAAGAGGAGUGGAGCUGGGGCUCACCAUCAGUGCCAGUAAGAAGCCAGGAGAGCCCCUCAUCAUUUCUGACAUCAAGAAGGGCAGCAUGGCCCACAGAACAGGAACACUGGAGCCCGGUGAUAAGCUGUUGGCCAUCGACAACAUCCGACUGGAGAACUGCUCUAAGGAAGAUGCCGAGCAGAUCCUGCAGCAGUGUGAGGAACUGGUCAAACUAAAGAUACGCAAAGAUGAAGACAACUCUGAUGAGCAGGAGACGUCAGGCAGCAUCAUCUACACAGUGGAGCUGAAGCGGUAUGGAGGCCCUCUGGGUAUCACCAUCUCGGGCACCGAGGAGCCUUUUGACCCCAUCACUAUAUCCGGCCUAACCAAGAGAGGCCUUGCCGAGAGGACAGGGGCUAUUCAUGUAGGUGAUCGGAUCCUGGCUAUCAACAGCGUCAGUUUAAAAGGCAAACCCCUGAGUGAAGCUAUCCACCUGCUGCAGAUGGCUGGGGAGACGGUCACCCUCAAGAUAAAGAAACAGCUUGAUAAUGGAGAGGAGAGGAAGGCAGCAGAUGCAGAGGACACCACAGAGAAUGAGCUCAGUGACCCGGAGGAGGAUGAUUUGACGGACAGCCAACAGACCAAUAAGCUGUCAGAGCUUUACUCCACAACCAUACCCAGCGUCGACUCUGCCAUGGAGUCGUGGGAUGGCUCAGGGAUGGACGCCGGCUAUGGCAGCCAGGGUACCUACAGCCACCAGGCAGCUGGUAUCGCCCUGCACCCCCAUGAGUGGCGUAGUGCCAAGCAGCAGCGCAGCACCACGCCUCCUCCUGGACGCCGGAAGAACUACCCUUUCAGUGACGGAGGCUUCAGUGAGGAUGACUGGGACAAACCACCUGGAUUUAUCGGCCAACCACCAGACGGCAUUCUGUUGGAUCCAGAUGACAGUUUCUGGUGUCAGGCGCUUGAGGAUCUGGAGACAUGCGGCCAAUCAGAACUACUCCGAGAGAUAGAGGCAUCCAUUAUGACAGGAACAGCCAUCAGUCUGGGUGUAGACGGCGUCAACAAGCCUCCAGCUGAGCCCAUACUGAGCCACAGCAGGAUGAGCCCGUUGCGGAGAAAUUCUCUCCUACACCAGGGAAACCUGCUCCACCAGGGUACGCACCUCCACCAGGGUGCCCAUUUGCAUGAGGAGGCCCACCUGCAUGAAGAGGCCCAACUCCACCAAGACGCCCACCUGUUCCAGGAGGCCCAUUUCAACCAUGAGGCCCACCUGCACCAGGGUUCCCACAUCCACCAAGACAACCAAUCCCCUCUCCUGCACCAUGAGCCCAAGUCGAAGGCCUCACUGCGAGUGUCAGAGAGGACGUGGGAGUCUCGUCGGAUCAAAGAGGAGAUGCAGGGGAUUCUGUCCCCGACGCCUUUGGAGCUGCACAAAGUAACGGUGGUAAAGGACCCAGAGAUCGACGACUUUGGAUUCAGCGUGUCCGACGGCUUCUUGGAGAAAGGGGUUUACGUCAACAUGAUCAGACCUGAUGGACCAGCUGACCGAGCCGGGCUCAAACCCUACGACAGGAUCCUGCAGGUGAACCAUGUGAGGACGCGGGACUUUGACUGCUGCCUGGCGGUGCCUCUGAUCACAGAGGCUGGGGACAGACUGGAGCUGGUCAUCAGUCGCAACCCACUGGCAAACGAUGACGACGACACAGAGGACAAUAACAACACUUUAGACCACCCGCUGGACCUGUAACACACAGACAAAAAGACAGAGUGAAUGCAUUUGUGUGUGUAUGUCUACAGAUGUAUCUGUCAGUCAAACUCAGGCAGAUGACAUACUCUAACUAGUGAUGAGGCGCAAAGUUAUAUCUAAUGGAACUGGCCCAAACACACAACACACACAAACACACGUCACUGGCUUGCAACAAUUCUACUUAAACACAGAGACUCCUUGAGGCACACACACUUGCAUGCUUACACAUUCACCCCUUCCCAUUCACACUGGGUUGAACUGCUGUCAUACACUAUAAUCCGCGAUGAACGCACUGGCACCGUGCAGAGAAACCACCAGAGACGCUCUCCUGAAGGCUGGCUUUGAGUCCUCGCAGUGUUGUUCCAACGUGAACCACUUACUUGGCCCUUUAACCAACCUAUAACUGAUUCUGACUCUUUAAAUAUUGUUUUUACUUAAAACAAAAGAAUAAAACCCUGCAUUUUGGGUUAGGUAGUUUCAGCUGUUUUUAAUGCCAGGCCACAGGUUUAUAGAAAAUGUCUAGGGCUAAUGUUGCCAGAGGGAUCUGCCUUAUUACACAAUAUUGUAAGUGAUUCUAGUAAA